AUGCUCCUCUCAUUCGUUCUCUCGUCGCUGCUGUACCUCUCCACAGUCUCGGCUCUGCCCAAUCCAAACUUGGCUGAGCGAGCGGCUUGUGACUGUUCUGGCACCCGCGAUGGUGGUCGCAGCUCCAAAGAUUACAUCUGCCGCGAUGCUCGACUAGGACCUACCAAGCUUCCAAGGAAACUACCCUUGAGCACAUUCGUCGAAAGCUACAACCGCUUCGGAGGUCUCACGCCCAUUCAAUUCCUCCAGACAUGGACCGAUGAGAAAGGAAGCUAUAAGUAUCCGCCUCAAAAUGGCUUCCAGCUUGAUGAACAUGGAAAUGCCAUCAAUGGAAGCAUGGUCCUUCAAGUCGGGACCCUUGUUGAUCGAUUUGGAAGUGAAUACGGAUCUUUCAUCUCUGCUGCUUCCGCACCCUACUCGCAAAGAGCUCUCCCACCUUCAAACUUGGCUACAAACCCUGAUACUCCAGACUUUCCCUACAACUACCACGUCUACCGGGUCAUCAAGCCACUGACAGUCGUGGGAGGACCCAUUGCGCCUUGGUUCGGUCAGCCUGGGCUUGGAGCACAGUUUUUCACAGGCGAUGUUGGCAAUGUCAAGUUUCUGAUUGAACAAAAUUAUUUGCAGAAAGAGGAUCCGGCGGCUCUUGUAUAUAAAUCUAAUGGUUGCGCAUGA